GGAAACAAACCAUCUUCGACAAAUUUCUCCUGCUUCAUAUCUACAAUGACCGAUUCAAUAUGGACAGCCGUUUGCAGAAUUGGACUGAUGGUGCUGAAUGCUUUGCUUUUCACUCAAGGCUUAGCUCAGGCCAUUGGGUCCAUUGUGGCAACGUUCAAGGCAGUGGACAUUAUGGACACCAGAGCCAUGUUCGGUGCAACCGUGAUUGGAGCCUUCGAGGGAUGUAUCAUCUGUGCCCUGGCUACUGCGGGAUUCUGUGGUGCCUGGCAGAAUUCCCCAAAGCUGUUGACCAUCUACCGAAUCGUCCUGGUGGUGCUUAUCGUCAUCGAGAUCCUGUUGGUAAUCUGGAUGCUGGUCAUUUCCGGAAACGUAGAUGGGAUUUUGCAACAUUCCGGAGACGACUCUAAACCGAACAAGCUCAUGGAUUGGUUACAGGAAGCUUUCGAUUGCUGUGGAGAGAAGUCAUACUCUGAAUAUGGAUCGAAAAUUCCUCAGUCAUGUUGCCGCAGUGGAGUUGCACCAAAAUGUGAACCUUUUCCCCUUGGUUGUGUCCAGGUGGUUACUGAAAAUUUGAAAAGCGUCGCUUACACUUUCACCUUCUCUUAUACGAUAAUCAUUGUACUACAAAUCGUAGCCUUAGCAAUGGUUACCUAUUUGAAAAAAGCUAUCCGGCAAUCGGAAUAAGCUGUUUUCUUUGAAGUUUGUCAUUAUGAUUUUCAAUCAAUUUUCAAUAAGGGCUUCACAAUAAAGCAACAAGAAA